AAAGCAGUGCAAAUAAUGAAUGAAAAUAGGAUGCGAGAUCCAUGGGAUAUGCAAAAAAAGAAAGUAAAAGAAAAGUUAUUAUCUCACUCACAUCACACUCUCAUCAUCAUCAUAGCAUGAUCCAUUCCCACCAUACAAACAAUUAACUUCUCUUUCACUCUCACCAUCUUUCCUUUUCCAUUCUCAUAAAGUUAGUUUAGUUUAGUUUCCUCUUCUUCUCUCAAACAACAACAAGAUCUCAAAUCAAUUUACAACAAAACAACAUAGAAAUAGAAACACUUUGUGUUCAAGUGUUGUGUUUGAGUGUUUAUGAGUGAUGGGUGGUGUAACUUCAUCAAUGGCAGCAAAAUUUGCAUUUUUUCCACCAAACCCAUCAUCAUACAAGCUUAUCAAAGAUGAACUAACUGGUCUUCUUCUUCUAACUCCUUUCCCUCACCGUGAAAACGUUGAAAUUCUUAAACUUCCUACACGCCGUGGAACUGAGAUUGUAGCUGUUUAUGUUCGUCAUCCAAUGGCUAGUUCUACUCUCCUUUACUCUCAUGGAAACGCUGCUGAUCUGGGUCAGAUGUAUGAGCUUUUCAUUGAGCUUAGCAUCCACUUGCGUGUUAAUCUCAUGGGGUAUGAUUAUUCUGGGUACGGACAGUCAUCGGGAAAGCCAAGUGAACAGAAUACAUAUUCAGAUAUUGAAGCUGUAUACAAGUGUCUCGAAGAAAGUUAUGGGGCUAAGCAAGAAGAUAUAAUCCUUUACGGACAAUCCGUUGGAAGUGGUCCAACUUUGGAUCUUGCAGCUAGGUUGCCUCAAUUACGAGCUGUUGUUUUGCACAGUCCAAUACUUUCUGGCUUAAGGGUCAUGUAUCCAGUUAAGCGUUCAUACUGGUUUGACAUCUAUAAGAAUAUCGACAAAAUUCCACUAGUUAAUUGUCCAGUUCUCAUAGUUCAUGGUACUUCAGAUGAAGUUGUAGAUUGUUCUCAUGGUAAGCAACUCUGGGAACUAUGUAAAGAGAAAUAUGAACCAUUAUGGCUCAAAGGAGGUAACCACUGCGAUUUGGAGCUCUUUCCCGAGUACAUCAGGCAUCUGAAGAAGUUCAUAACAACAGUUGAGAAGUCUCUGUCACAACGAUACAGUUUCCGUAGGAGUACAGACCAGCAAUUUGAGCAGCCUCGAAAGAGUACAGAUGUUUUUGAAGUGACUAGAAAGAGCACUGAUCGUAGAGAAAAGCCAAGGAAGAGCACCGACAAACCAGAGAAGGUGAAAAAUAUGUCUAGUAAUGGCGGGGAUAUGUUGGAGAAAUUGAGAAUGACAUUUGAUCAUAAGGAGAGGUCUCGUAGAAGUGUUGACUGUCAUGAGAAGUCUCGAAAAAGCGUUGAUCAUCAAUUGGAAAAAGGAAGGAAGAGCGUUGACCGACUCGACAGAAUAAGGACCGGUUAAUUCUAAUAUUGAAAUUAUAUUCGUGCACACGGGAUUGGUCUUUUUUUACUUAUUUUUUUUAUAUUGGUCUAAUGGUUGUGUAGCUAUACUUUGGCUUAUGUCGGAUAUGAUAACUCUUGGCAUUGAAGAAAAGGUUUGAUGUUACAAUGGGUUUAGUUUUCAUUCAAAUGAUAUAGCUUCUUUA